CCGAUAUUGUGUUCUGCGUUGAUUUGGGCGGUGCAGUUUUUUCGUAAUUUAAUCUUUUGGGAUAAAUAAAUAGUUUUAUAUUAAGAUAAUGUGGUAAUCGCAGAUUGCAUCUAAUUAUGUUUUAGUUUAGUGCUCAUUAUAACGCAUCAUAAUGGCCAGUCAAAAUGCUGCGGAUAGUAGAGGUCCGGCUAAGCGUAAAGUGAAGCCGGUGGAGCCUCAGUCUCUGCUGGAUUUUGAUCUCGGAGAGGGUGAGAGCUCGGAUGAUUCAGAUUUCCGUAUAGAAGAUCAUCCCGAAGAAAGUGAUGACUACUCUAUCAAUACAGACGAUGAUGAUAAAAAGGGCGCAAAUUCUGGCAGUUCGGAUGAUCAGUCAGGUUCUGAAGAUGAGAACAAUUAUAAAAAUACUACAAAUAAACUGGGCGUGGAAUUGAAUGUUACUGACUUAUUGGAAAAGGCAAAACAACAUGAAUUCAAGUUUCCAGACCUGGCAAACUUUUUAAUAUGUGCUGGAUGCUUAGGCUCAAGAAGUGAUGAUUUCAAUGAGAUUGUUGAAUGUGAUGGCUGUGGUGUUACAGUACAUGAAGGUUGCUAUGGUGUGUCAGAUGUCACCAGUGAGUCCAGUACCGUGAGUUCAGCAUCCACUGAGCCUUGGUUUUGUGAAGCUUGCAAGGCUGGUGUUACUGAUCCGAGCUGUGAACUAUGUCCCAACAAAGGGGGAAUAUUCAAAGAAACUGAAGUGGGAGCUUGGGUGCAUUUGGUGUGUGCACUUUAUGUGCCUGGAGUAGCAUUCUCAGAGGUGGAGCGUCUAUCGGGCGUGACACUAUUCGAGAUGGCGUACUCGCGGUGGGGUGCUCGCAGCUGCGCCCUGUGUGACGACAGCACCGUCGCACGCACUGGUGUCUGUGUGGGCUGUGACGCUGGCAUGUGCAAGACCUUCUUCCAUGUUACUUGUGGUCAACGUGAGGGUUUGUUGGCUGAAGCACAUUCAGAGGAGGUGGAACAAGCAGACCCUUUCUAUGCCCACUGUCGCCUGCAUUCGGACAAAGCGCUUGUCAAGAAACGGAAAAGAAAUUGGCUGGCAUUACAGUUGAGAACUGAAAAAAGAAAAUUGGAACUGCAAAACAAUCUUAGCACUGAUGAAAAGAAAAGAAUACAACGAAAACUUGUUAAGUACAGGAGAAAGUAUGCACAGCAGAAAGAAAAUAGGAAUCCACCUUGGGUGCCGACGCAGAAGAUGGCGCGUAUGUUGUACAGCAGCGCGUCCGCCAUGCGCAAGUUCCAGCGCAAAGCCGAGUGUAUGGGCGUCGACACGCACGCGCUAGAGUUCCGAGAUGCUCAGAUGUCGGCUCUCCGCGACGUGUCACGCCGCUGGCACGUGCCGCCGGCGUUCUCGGUGGAGUUCGUCGGCUACUACCUGGAGCGCAACUCGCGCGUGGCGUCGCUGCGGGCCGCACUGCAGCGCCUCACCGCUGAAAACGAGCAGUUACUUGCUGCGGAUGAGUCCCUACGCACCGACUACGACCAGGCCUCGAAAGAGAACACAGACGCGUUGGCCGAGCUGGCGUCAACACGGAAGGCGUUACAGACGAUGUAUGACGUCAUAGUAGCGGUGCUCCCCAAGAAGUCAGUGCCUGCAAUACUCGAGGACAAGCCGCUACUGCCGCCCGUGUUACCGCGGUCGACACCCAAAGUGACACCGCAGCAACUGCAGAAGCGGUCGAUGCCUGUACCCACCGCGGCUGCACUUAAGAUGGGCGUUGGUUUUCCUCUUAGCGACAAUCCGGACGCACGCCAAGGAAAAGUUCUGUCGACCUCGUUAGAGGCCCGCGAGAGCGCGCUGUCGGCUCGGGAGUGUGCGGCGUGCGGGCGCAGCAGCGAACGUCACCUGAUGGCGGCGUGCGACACCUGCCGCAACCACUACCACCUGCACUGCCUGCGACCGCCGCUGCAGCGCCCGCCCAAGAAGAGCAAGCUGUACGGCUGGCAAUGCUCAGAGUGCGACAAAACAUCGGACUCGGAGCCCGAAGUGUUAGAGAAGAAGGCGCCGCGGCGCUCCCGCAUCCGGUACAGCAAGGACGGCGCUAUCAUCACCGAACCCGCCAGCCCCGCCUCCCCGCACAAGCCCCGCCCCGAGAAGCCCCGCCCCGACAAACCCGAGAACGUCUCGCCGAUCAAGGUCACCAUCAAGCCCUUCGAGUUCACCACCGAGGACGGCGAGGUUAAAGCCCUCAAACGGCUGAAGUCCAAGCGGGAAAUAUCUGGGGAAGACAAGAAGAUUCGACGCAGCUUCACGUCGCCCAUACUAACGAAUACCCCCCUCAUGUCCAUUACGCCGCUAGUAGCGGACAGCCCGUACGAAUCGCAGAACGAGCACUCCAAUGAAUCCGGCAUGCCGCCGCCGAAGGAUGACUACACGCAGAAUCUAUCCUUCUCGGCUCUCCUCAACGAUUCGAAAGAGAGGGACAGCAAGGCUAUCGAGAGCUCCAUCGAGAAUACUCUAGCGAACCUGUCGUCGGAUAUCGCUACGUAUAAAGCCAAUAGGAAGCGUAGGAAGGAGAAGCAUAGAUCGCGGUACUCGCCGGACCUGCUGCGCUCGCCGUCCAAGCACAAACACAAGAGGAAGAAGAAGACGCAGGAUAUGGAAAACCCCGAACCGCCGCACCCCAGGAUCACUAUCAAGAUCAAACCUAUCCCGAAGCCGGACGGAUCUUCAGGCACGCAGAUGUUUUACGUGCCCACCGACAGCAACGACGGCCCGCCGCCCGCGCUCGUCAACAAGAUUGCAAAGCAAGCGGAGCCCGAGCCGCCCGCUGCGCCCCCCGCGGCGCCCCCGGCCGCCGAACCUGUGACUACACCAGUCCUUCCAAGUGGUAAGGAGGAAAAGCCACCCGAGACAGGAUAUGUUAAGCCAAAGCGUACGCGCGAGCGCGGGUCGGCGCGCGGGUCUGCGGGUGCGGCGACGUCGACGAGCGCGCUGGCGCCGCUCACCUCGUGCGACGUGUGCAACGCGCCCGGCGACGCCACCAACCUCGUCAGGUGCGACGAGUGCCUCAAGCGGUACCACUUCACGUGCCUGGAGCCGCCGCUCAACAAGAACCCCAAGAAGCGCGGGUACUCCUGGCACUGCGCUGACUGCGACCCCACUGACACGGAAGAAAACAACUAAACAUUUAUCGUACCCACGUAACUAUCUUCAGAACAAGUAAGGAAGUUAGGACGGAAAGUAUUAUGUAUGACGAAAGUUAAUGCGCAAAGUAACCUAAGUUUCAGAGUAUCUGUACGUUAUAUUAUACUUUACACGGCUAAUUACUUACUUAUAAUUAGUAUUUAAGUCUUUAUUAAAAUAAUCAUAAGGUAAAACAUCCAAUGAUUAUUGAUUAUUGUUGUUAUUAGUAUUUUAAGAGUUCAUAAUAACAAGUCUGGGACAUUUCUAUUAUUAUUUUUGAACGAACUUAAGGUCAAUGAUGUGAUGACAGCCAACGAAGGGGUAGUUUGCCCUACAUACUUUUGCGUUUUCUUUCAUGCCACAUGAUUGAUAUCCUCUCAUUGCUUUUGGCACUUUAACAUAUUUUUUCGUACUUUUUAUAUUAUACGUUUUAUUUAUCUUAUGGUGCCAGUUACACUAGUAUAAUGUUAAUUUUUCGAAUUUAUUCUAAAUUGUAUCAAAUAUACCAUGAGGAUUUUAAAAAUGUACUAGUCUUAAUCACAAUCUAAUAUAAUUUUACUAGUAGGUAUAAUAUAAAUGUGUGUAAUCUUGUUCCCAGUUUAUUAUAAUAUAUGUAUACGAUAUUUACUUUGUUUAAGUAUACAAACUGUACAAGUGUAUAAUAUUUUCUUUAGAUUUUCCUUGAGAUAAGAACAUAAU